CAUAUUCAACAGCUGCUUUAUUGGCCAUUGUCUUUGCUAUACCAUUUGGUAUACGAAUGUUGGUACACAAGGACCGAGGGCAAUGGGAAGAAUUUGGCCCAGCUUUCUAUACAGCACAUUUAGAACUAUUUUUGGGUAACGGUUGUUUAGGUGUAGGUGUUAUGAUGCUGUUAAUACUAACCAUAGAACGUUACGUGUCAGUGUGUCAUCCUAGUUUUACACGACCCGUAAUGGGUCCUCCAGGACUCAUUGUAUUCCUAACCACAAUGAUAACUUUUGUUAUCUACCUGCCGAGUGUGUUCCGUGGGGAACUUAUUAAAUGUGUUUUACAAACAGAUGGACGUUUUGUUUAUUUUCGUAGAGAUAAUAAUGCAUUUUUGAGAACAAUAUUUUAUUCGAUCUAUAAGGUUAUGCUGGAAGUGCUAUUUAAAUUAAUACCAACUGUUUUAAUAGCUGGUUUGAAUUUACGCAUUAUGAUGGUUUAUCGUCAAACUUGCGAGAAAAGACGUAAAAUGACCUCGUCUAGAGCCUCAUAUAUUAAGGAUGCUGAAGAAAGAAGACUAUUUUUAUUGCUAGGUAGUACAUCUAUAUUAUUUUUGGUGUGUGUCUCACCGAUGGCAAUUUUACACAUGACAAUUGCUUCGGAAGUUUUACCCAGUUUUUCAUUUCAGGUUUUUAGAGCAUUGGCAAAUCUAUUGGAGUUGACCAAUUAUUCCAUAACCUUUUACAUCUACUGCUUGUUUAGUGAAGAUUUUCGUAAUACUCUAAUGCGUACGAUUAAAUGGCCCUGGAUUAAAUCGCAAUUGUGUCAUCAGGUGGAUGAGGUCUCUGCCAAGCAAACACCUCUUAAUAAUUUUGAUAAAUUAACUUUGCGUAAUCAUCAUAUAACCACCACAUCGGGCGUAUGCACCGGUAUUGGCCGUUCCAGUAGCAUUUGAUGCAAAUUUGUUCUAAUACUCUAAUUAGUUAUAUUAAUUUAAGUUGAAGAAAAUAAACUAUUUUUUAAAAUUCAAUACUUAUUAAAUGCUAAAUAUAAUAUUAAAAAAAAUACAUGUAAAAACUAAAUCUGUGUUCAUUGUUACAAAUUAAUAUGAAAAGAGUAAAAAAAGAAAAUAUUUUACAGUAAUAUUAAAAGAAAGUGAAAAAAUGUUUAUGUAAGAAUACUUAAUGAAAAUAUUUUGGGAAUUUACAAUUAUUUAUUAAAAUAGCAAGAAAAAUUAAAGAAAA